GAUAGAAAUCGCGUAAUAUUAAAGUCAAGCGUGUUUGGCUAAUGUUAGCUUGUGGUUGUGUAAAGGAGAGUUCAUAAAUUCAUGUGUGGAGUUACAGUAUGAGCCGUAAACAUUAGAACAAUAAAGAUGGUUGCUGCUUUUGCUCUACUAAUAUUCAUCAGCUUAUUUACAGUAAGCAUUGUGUCAUCUUUCUUAAAUAUAAAGUUCACCCAAAAAUGCUACGGAAGUAAAUGGUGGCUCCUUAACAUAUUCGUUUGUGCUCAGCAUACAAAAUUUGAGUAAUGCGGGGUGGGAAAAGGAUGAGAAUGAUUAAAUGAUAAUAAUGAUAAAGACAUAACCUUGGUUUUGGUGUUAUCUAACCCUUUAUUGAGCUGUAAAACUGGUUAUUGGGAUAGUAAAUCAACUAAAUAACUUAAACUAAAUAAACCGAGACUGCAGACAGAAGAUCAGAUAUGGUUUGUCAGCAGACUCACUUGCUUUUAUUAAAACGAUGUUAUCUGAUUCAGGCAUGUCUGAUCUGAUAGCUCAGCUGUACACCAAAUUCAUGGAAAUUUGUUGUUUUUAAAUGGAAAAUGUACCCCAAGUUGGCCUUUAGGUGAUCAGAUAUUAUUGUGAAACUGCUGUUAUCAGAUGUGUAAUGCAAUGAAUAAGGUUCAUUCAAGAAGACUUAAAAGCAGUGGUUUACAAAGCAGCCAUUCACUGCUUGCAUUCUUCUGAAAAGGUGGCUUUAACCAAAUCUCUUUUCGGUCUGAUAUAAGUGAAGUCCUAUUCCGGAAUUUUCUCCACUUGUUUAGGCAGAUGUGUCGUCUGUAACAGGCUUUGAAAUGUGGGUCUAGUUUUUAAGGCAAGGUUGAUACACCAGAGACGCAGAUAGCUAACUUGUAUAGAUUUGUAAACUCACCCACGAUUGACCUUCGAAUUGUUUUAAGCUCAGUCUCCGCAGGGUCAUGGCGCUCUCUGAGGCGCCUCUUUUGAUUUUGUUUUCUCAGGAGUUAUGUGAGAUCUACUGUAGUGUGCGGUGAGACUCCGGGUUCUGUGAAGAAAAGCACAGUCUGGGUUGUAGAGAACUCCGUGUGACCUUGGUGUUUGGCACUAGAUCUGAGUGAAGGGUUGAAGUUUGAGACUUCAUGCUGUGUCAUACAGACCAUGUUACUUCCGUUGUCUUGUGAACCCUGUUGCAUUUGGAGCUGGACUUAGGGCCCUGUUCUGAGUAGCUGGAAAUCAAGUUUUGGGAAAAGGAGAGUUGUUGGUUGAAUUAUUGUUUUUCAGAAUCACAUCAACUAUCAAAUGUACAGGUCCACUGUGCUGCUCUUGGCCCCUCUCUUGGCAGAGGCGGACUCAGCCCCCCUGGCCUCCUCCAGACCUCCAGGCUUCACUGGUGUCGAGGGCCUCCACUCACGCUUCCAAUGGAUGGCUGAUCAUGUACCUGCUUUCAGGGUCCCUGGGGGCCGCAUACGCAUCCUUCACUCACCUGAUGAGUUUUAUCAGACUAUGAAAGCUCGUAUCAAGACAGCCAAGAGUCGUGUGGUUAUGGCUUCACUGUAUUUGGGCACAGGACCACUAGAGCAAGACCUCGUUGAUUGCAUGGAAGAGGCAUUAGAGCGCUCACAGGAAGAUCAUGUACCUGAUCUCAAAGUGUCUUUUUUGCUGGAUUAUACCAGAGGCUCAAGAGGUAAGCACAAUUCCCGCACAAUGUUACUGCCACUGCUCCAGCGUUUUCCUGAGCAAAUGAGAGUGUCCCUGUACCACACACCUGACCUGCGGGGGCUGCUGCGUCUUCUGGUUCCCGAACGCUUCAAUGAAACCAUCGGGGUGCAGCACAUCAAGGCAUACCUUUUUGACAACAGUCUCAUUAUUAGUGGGGCCAAUCUGAGCGACUCCUACUUCACCAAUCGUCAGGAUCGUUAUGUACUUCUGGAGGACUGCGAGGAAGUGGCUGAUUUCUUUGCUGAACUCGUGGGAGCCGUGGGCGAUGUGUCACUGCAGCUCCAACCUGACAACAGUGUGCACAUGAUGGAGGGAAUGGUGCAUCCCUACAAAGGUAACAGAGCAGAGUUUUCUGCAUCGGCACAGAGACGGAUCAUGGAGGUGGUGAACACGGCCCGUGUCCGGCAGAGCAUGCUGGAGGCGGAAUGCUCGGACAUCCUAGACUCGGACAGAACCAUGCCAAAUGACACUUGGAUCUUUCCACUCGUGCAAAUGAAGCCUCUGGGCAUUCACCUGGAUGAACAAGUAACCCAACGACUGCUCAUAGAGGCAGGUGGAGACUCAGUCGUCUACCUGACAUCGGGUUACUUCAACCUGACGUGCACCUACAUGCAGCUGGUGCUGGGUGCAGCAGCAGACUACCGUAUCCUCAUGGCUUCCCCAGAGGUUAAUGGCUUUUUUGGAGCCAAAGGUGUAGCAGGAGCAAUUCCUGAGGCCUACGUUCACCUCGCCCGACAGUUUUACAAAAAGGUGUGUCAGCUGGGUCAGCAGAGUCGUGUCCACUUGCAUGAAUACCAUCGCCCCAAUUGGACAUUUCAUGCUAAAGGCCUGUGGUACUAUGUGGAAGGAAGAGACCUCCCCUGCCUCACUCUCAUUGGCUCGCCAAAUUUCGGCUAUCGCUCUGUGCACAGAGAUCUGGAGGCUCAGAUUGCUAUAGUAACAGAGAAUGAGGAACUCCAGAUGCAACUGCAACAGGAGCAGGAGGUGUUGUACCAGAGCUCCACACAAGUGUCAAACUCCACAUUUAAUCAGCCAGACCGCCAUGUAAAGCUGUGGGUGCAACUGGUUACUCCACUCAUCAAGAACUUCUUCUGAAGUUCAGCAGGCCUGAGGUGAAGCAUAUCUCACUGUCUAUGACAGAUGAAAAGUGGGACUACGUGUGUGUGAUGUACAUGAGGCAUUUGCAAAUAUUGAUGGUUUCCUGGAUGCAGAUGGCAGUGUAAAAGAUGACAGUCCCGGCGAGCUCCAGUGAUGAUGUUAGAAACCACUCUGUGCUGUUAUAUUCAAUAACAUUCUGCUUCUUACAACCUCAUUGCUAGGAGAGAAUACAUGUGAAUUUGCUGCCAGUGUGAUAUACAUGUGUUUGUAAGCACUAUGGCAGGUAUGAAGGUUUGGCCAUCAGUUUGAUGUGCAGUGCAUUUAUAUGUAUAUAUUUUAGUUAAUUUAACUUUUUUUCUGUAAACAUUUGUAUUGUGUUUUUUCAUUUUAAUAAGAUGCUGUUCAACAAAAACCCUUUCCAUUUAUACUUCAUUUGCAUUGUACUUUUUGACAAUUAUUUUUGGGUGAAAAUGUCAGAAUUAGCUAUAAGGCAGCAUUAAUAUUAAUUUUCAUUUUUCAGGUCAAUGAUAUUCAGUUGGUCUCGCACAUUUCAGCAACACUUAGUUACCUCAGCCAUAUGUAAAAUAUCUAUAUUUCCCUGAAACCUAUGGAAGCUUGUUUUCACCACAGGAUAAAUUAAAGGCAAUAGUGAAUUCUCACAAUUUGGACAACUCACAGUUGUAAGAGAUAAACUGACAUGUCACAAAAAUUCUGAGAAAAAAAAAAGAUGGAAUCGAGUGUGAAUAUCUCACAUUUCUGACUUUUUCCCUCAGAAUUGUUUAUAUUAAAAUUUCCAGUUACCUUUUUUUUUUUAGUCUGUGGUGAUAAUGGUCUUCCAUAGAAACCACUGCAAACUAUUAAGGCUAAGGGCCUUAAAAAAAAAGGUACAAAUAAUUUCAUCACACCCCAUGAAGGAGUCACAAUGUUCAUUUUUAGUUGGGACUGUCCAUUUACACUCCAUUCUUUAUAAAGUUUUGUUUAUAAGUGUUCAUUAAUGAUGCUCACUACUGAGAAUGAGCUUAUGAGUUUAAUAAUUGGUACAGCAGAGUUUAUAGAAGAGCUUCAAAGCCUGACGCAAACCUUUACACAGUACACCUGGGAUGGAUUUGAGCACCACUAUAUUUGAGUGUGAGUGAGUAAUGCAGUAUUAGCUGCACAUCAAUUUCAGCAUUGCUUUCCAAAAGUUGAAAAACUGCAGUACUACCCUUUUCCUAAGAAUGUUUUGAUUCUGGUGCCAGUGUGCAUGGAGCAAGGGCGUUUGCUUAUUUUUCCUCUUGAUUUAUAUUUAAUUGGAUUUAAAUGUCACGAAUGACAGUUUUUGGAAGAGCUCCUGUUUCCAGCUCUUUCAGACAGAGAUCAGAUACCAGAAUCAGAUGAGGCCUUAAAGCCAUGUCAUUUAACGCACAAGAACUUACAAAACGGCCAAAAAUAUUACGUACUAUAUACACUUUUUUUUUUUUUUUUUUUUU